GUAACUCAGCUUAUCAGUAGUCCUCGACAAACUGAACAUGGCGGACACCGGUGGGGAGUCGGCAGUUCAAGACUUGAAACAUGAAACUGAAGGCGUAAAAGACACAACGUUAAGGAGCCAGUCAUGUAACGGCACAACCCCAGAAGACAUGCCCAGUUCUGAUACGCCGGAUCUACGCAGCAUACUGGUCACUAGCGUUCUCAAUUUAGAGACACUCGACGCGGAUCUUUACAGAGGCAAGCAUCACUGGGUACCUCGCAGUCAGCGUCUCUUUGGGGGUCAGAUAAUUGGACAGGCUUUGGUGGCUGCUGCAAAGUCUGUCACUGAGCAUUUGUUUGCUCACUCCCUUCACUGUUACUUUGUAAGAGCAGGCGACCCCAGAGUUCCAGUCUUGUACCAGGUGGAGCGGACGCGAGAUGGCCGCAGUUUCUCGGUGCGCUCGGUCAAGGCCAUCCAGCACGGGCAGCCCAUUCUGAUCUGUCAGGCGUCCUUCCACCUCCAGCAGCCUAGUACCCUUGAGCACCAGUUCACCAUGCCCACCGUGCCCCCUCCAGAGGCUCUGCUAACUGUGGAGCAGCUGGUCCAGCAGUACCUCAGUGAUCCCAAUUUGGCAGUGAAGGCCAGAACAGGACUUAAUAACAUCCUGGCUGGUGAGGUCCCUAUUGAAAUCAAACCAGUCAAUCCACCUGAUUUCUACAGACAUAUCGCCAUGGAACCAAAGAAACUCUUCUGGGUUCGAGCAAGAGGGUACAUUGGGGAGGGGGACAUGAAGCUGCACUGUUGCGUGGCUGCGUACGUGUCGGACUACGCAUUCCUGGGCACUGCGGUGCUGCCCUUCCCAGAAUUCAGAGCCCAGUUCUCAGCCUCGCUUGACCACGCCAUGUGGUUCCACAACACCUUCCGUGCUGACCAAUGGAUGCUGUACGAGUGUGAGAGUCCAUGGGCAGGAGGCAGCAGGGGUCUAGUCCAGGGCCGGCUGUGGAGACAGGACGGGGUGCUGGCAGCUUCCUGUGCCCAGGAGGGAGUGCUCAGGAUGAUGAAGACAUCGCCUGAGAGUAAACUCUAGAGCAGAGAUGCUCACCUCUGGAGCUAACAUCCAAAGCCUGGCCUGGUUCUCUGACAGCCAAGGAAGUGUACUAUAUGCUGUUGAUUUAACUGUCAACUGUCAUUGGAGAAAUUGUUUCACAGGAGUUUAAGACUUCUGGAAGAUUCCUGGAUACCAACAGGAUGCAUCAUUCUUCCUAGUGUUCCCCUACACAGUGUGGUGUCUAAUUGACCCUACCACACCACACCUCACUUGUGCUAUACUAAGCACAGAUUUGUUAGUCAGGGAUAUAUGGAAAACAUAUAUUGUGAGUAAGGCUUCAAGAGCAGGGUAGAGAAAAUGACCAGCUGGUUUUGACUGUGACAAUGUAAAGAAUGAGCUCCUAUAGCCCAACUGCCAGAGCAAGGUGUUAACGACACCAAGGUCACACAUACUGAUGAAAAAAAUCAGUAUCUGUAAAACACUGUAAAAGGCUUUGAAAAAAAGUGUCUCAUUCUUUUAGUGUCUCAUGCAGUGUAGUUUCAGAUUGAAGGGUGGUGGUUAUGACAUUGGUGUAGUUCGAUGACCAAAAGACAAAAAAAUAUUUUUUGAGGUUUUCUUUGCAUCAUUCUUGAUUUUUUUUAAACUGACUGAAAAUGUUUUAUUAUAAGGUGAUUUAGGACAUUUAUUUAAUUAUUAUUUAAUUGUCAUUAACUCAAAUCUAGCAGCCUUACAUGCAAUUAUUAUGUAUAACAAUUAUUGUAAUACAUUAUUAUUAUUGUUCUAAAUUAUGUCUUGUGUACAUGUAAUAUAUAGUAAAUGUAUUUUUUAUCAGA